AUGCACGACGUGCAGCUUAUGCAAGGUCUCCGAAAAGCAUGUGCUUUCGCUUCCACCACACACGAUCGAAAUGGUGAAGAUGCGAGCAAUUCUAAGACCAUGUCGUUGGCGUAUGAUAAGGUCGAGAUCCUCGAACAAGGACAUGGAGGUUCAUGCUUCAUCAAUGCAGGAGAAUUAGCAGACGAGCAAGAUGAAGAAGGCAAAACUAGGCAUGCACGCCUGCGAGCUGGACUGAACAUGUCUCAAGAAUUCUGGACUAAGAUGGCUUUAGAUGCCAGCGGCUUCUUUCGAGCCGCAGAACAUCUUAAUGACGAAGAGGAGCUCGAAGUACACGAAAGCUAUCUUCGACUCCAAGCCAAGCAAGCUCACCGAGUCGGAUCACCUGAGGCUGAGCAGCUUGGGGAUAUAAAGUACCACUGGGAUCGCUUGGGCUUCUUUAUUCGCUGGCGACCAAAUAAGUGCUUCACUGCGUAUUGCUUCGAUCUGCCUAAACAGCUCAAACAUGCUCUUAGAACCACGCUCGCGACUUCGACUUUCUCAGCUCACCUGCCAGCCACAAUCUGGACCCUCAUACUUCAGCAUGCUAUGCCGUUGUUUGACGCUCAGGUCUGGAAGUGCCGUGACCUCAUUCGAUGGCAUGAAAAACAUCGACCAAUAGCAGCCAAAACCACAGCUGCUAACCGGCCUAAGCCGCAGUAUGAAGACUUCCACGAGAUUGCACGGCAUGCUAUUCACUCGACAGAGAUGCUGCAGACGGCUCUUCACGUCCUUGAUGCCAUCCAAAAGGAGCAUGAAAUUUUCUCGUCAGCGAUCCCGCAGCCGUAUCGCCAUAGAGAAAUCACGCGAUCUUUGUCCUACCACAGGACGCUGUUACAAGGGUUCGAAGGACGUUCAAGAGCACUAGAGACAAGACUAGCAAAUGAGAUGCAACUUACCUUCCAUCUCAACAGCCAAUUCGACAGUAUCGCUACCGGCCAGAUCGCUCAGUCAUCUUCCGAAGACAGCGCUGCCAUGCGCACCAUAUCAUUUUUAGGUCUCAUUUUCCUCCCCGGAACAUUCCUCAGUGCAAUUUUCAGCAUGAGUUUCUUCAACUUCGAGCCUCCCAACAAUGCCACGACACAGGAAUGGCGCAUGUCGAGCAAGUUUUGGGUUUUCUGGGUCCUUUGCGUACCUAUUACUGCUGCGACGAUCCUUCUCUGGACAUGGUGGCACAAGCGGACGACACAGCGGUUGCGCGAUACCAGCACUUUUUAUAUUCCUGAGGGGAAGAGCCAUGGUAAAGGGCAGGCUCAGACUUCGCUCAAUCUUCUUACGAGUCGGCGUGCCUUGGUACAACCUAAGGACGUGGAGAAGGGUAUGUUUGAUCAGACGAAGAGGCCGGAAUGGACAUCCUACGCCUCGAGUAGAUCCUCGCAGUCACCUAGCUAG